UAAUUGACGCAUGCGCACACACCCCUAAGUAAUCAGAUGUUCCCAAUGGCGGCUGCUAAGCGGAUGCGAGUUUCGCUAGGCGAAAAUUCAAAGGACCAAAAUGGAUCUUAUUCAAAAGGAAAUUCUUCCAAAAGUGGGAAAUUACAUAAUACAGAGUCUCUUCUUGACAUAUGUGCUAAAAUUGUUGGCGAAAAUAUACCAUUUCAAAAAAUUGAGCAGCGGUUCGAUAGGAUACCCGAACCAGUUCAAAGUCGGAUAGUUUUUUGGUCAUUUCCUCGUAAUGAACGAGAUAUUUGCAUGUAUUCAUCUUUUUCACAAGUUGGUAAGGAAAAUGCAGACAGUGACAAACUUCCAUUCAAUCAAGGGAUUAAACUUUUGGAGUCUGGAGCUGUUGAUAAAGUGCUACAAAUAGGUUUCCACUUGAGUGGUACUGUCAGAGAACCUGCUAGUCCAUUAUUCUCACAACCAGAGCGUGUCUUUCAAGUUUCCAUUAGUUUUGAUAGGUGCAAGAUAACUUCAGUAAAAUGUGGUUGUGGAAAUAAAGAUAUAUUUUGGUGCCAACAUGUAGUAGCAUUAUCAUUGUAUAGAAUACGGAAAGCUAAAAGCGUCCAAUUACGGGUCCCUAUAUCAGAAACAUUAUUACAGAUGAAUAGAGAACAGUUACAAAAAUUUGCUCAGUAUUUAAUAUCAGAACACCAUACGGAUGUCCUACCGACAGCACAGAAUAUUGCUGAUGAAAUUUUACAAGCUCAGUCACAAAUCAAUCAAUUACCAGGUGCUCCAGAUCCUACCGCAGGUGCGUCCGUCGAUGAUGACAACAGUUGGCAUCUUGACGAGGAUCAAGUCCGGGAGCAAGUCCGAUCCUACCUCUCUCAGGGAAACUACCUCAGCUCCGCUAAUCACCUCAACUCUAUGUUUGCAAAGGUACGAGAAAUGUUGCAAGCAAAAGAUUCCAAUGGUGCUAGAAUGUUGCGCCUCAUCACCGAACAAUUUCUGGCAGACCCGCGACUUGUUGUCUGGAGAACACAGGGGACUCAAAUGAACGACAAGUGCAGACAACUCUGGGAUGAACUUGGUGCGCUAUGGGUAUGUGUGGUUCUGAACCCCAAUUCAAGUUGCGCUGAGAAGGAACAGUGGCAACAACUGCUCGAACAGUGGUCUUCCAAUCAAGUCUGCCCUCUAGAAGAUGCCGACAGUCGAAAUAUAAUUACACACAUAGGAGCAGACAACUUAGGUGCUGCAUUGAAUCCCCAGCCAGUGCGAGCGCGAACCAUAUUUCAGCGUGCAUUGGAAGCAAGUAAGCUGACGUGGCGUGACAAACACCUACAGUUGAUACUGAGACAUGACCUUGACAUUGAUGAAGCAGACAAGGACACGGAUAUGUUUGACUGUAGAGGCAUUCCUUUAUGGCAUGAACAUCUACCGACAGCUUGUGCUAGAGUAGAUGCAUUGCGUUCCCAUGGUUACAGCAGCGAAGGUCUACGAUUGGCUGUGGUUAUUGUGCAAACAUUGAAACACCAGCAGAUGAUCAAUCAUAAAAAGCAUCAAAUAGAAAUGGAAGGCAUGCCAAGUACUAGUCGAGGAUCCGGAACUUCCUUCUUAGUUCAGACCAAUAUGGAGGCCUGGGUUGGACAUCCAUUAGACCCUAUUAGCGUACUCUUUGAUACCCUGCUCGAGGCUUCAAAAGCAAAAGAAGAAUGUCCACAGAAUUUAGAUCCUCUGAGCAGUAGAUUAUUCUUCAAUGAGAACGGGUCAAGCUGUUUGCCAGUUAGAUAUGUGCAUAAAGUAAUCCCUGGUCACUGUGACAACAGUGAGUCCUAUCUCACGCUGGCGUUAGAGGUAGCACUUAUUGGACUGGAUCAGCAAAGAAAUAUGCCAACAGGAUUGUAUGCCCAGGAGAAGACAUGUAAACAAGAAGAGAAACUGCUGGCCAAACUACAAGCUCUGGAUCUAGAUAGUACCCUUGUCAAAGUUCUGUGUCGACAAUGUGUUCAAAUGCUAGAUGGUGGUCCUACGUGUGGUUUAGGUAUGGGGAUACACACGGAGAGUUACCCAAUGCAUACCUUUGCCAAGUACCUGUUCAAUAGUUUACUGUCACACAGUGAGGACCUGGCGUACAGGGUUGGUCUACGGGCAUUAAGGUUACCAGUAUUAGAAAAUACAGAGGAACUGGACGAUGGUCUCAAUAAUGUAGGGUCAGUGGUGCUGUCUAGGUUCCCGCGCUGGUUCAUACUGGGACAUGUGGAAGGUCAGCAGUGUGAACUGGCCUGUACACUCCUCAAUGCAGCGAAAGGUAUUUUCAGUUCAUACUGUAUGGGUUAGCUUAGCUUGGGCAAGAGGGCACAAGAAUAUUAAAUGAA